CAAAAUGGCACCUGAUCUCUUUUCUAAAUGCUUGGAAUUCAAAAACUAAGCAAAACUUCACAAAUGUCUGUUGCAAAAUAAUGGAUCUCAAUGAAGAACAGUCCUCUUUGCUUUCAAGCACUAUUUAAUCAGUAAUUCAGGAGUAUGGAAAGACUUGGCCCAUACACACCCUCUGUUUUACGAGCACAUAGUCUACACAGCUUAACAGAUGGCAAUGAAACAAUCAGUGAAGCCGAGGAGAUUAAUGAGGUAAAGUCCCUUCACAAUCAAGGUAUUCGAGCUGCUAAAACCUCAGACUUCAGUGAAGCUCUACAGUGCUAUAAUGAAGCUCUAGAAAUUGAUUCAAAAGAUGUUGAGGUUUUGCAGGCCAGAGCUUUGGUCUAUUUACAGCAAGGAAAAACAGCAGAAGCUCUUGCAGAUGCUGAUGCUGUGUUAACUUUAGAUCCUAACAGUUCAAAGGGUCGUCUGUUGCAAGGCAUGUGCUACCAGAAAAUGAACAUGUACAAAUCAGCCUUGGAUGUUUUUAUAUCAGCUCUAAACCUGGAUUCUGAUAAUGCAGACAAAAUAUGCAACCACAUUGUGUCAACUGUUUCAAAAAUGUGUCAGUUACCAGCAGAAAUCACAAAAAGUUUGAAAAUCAUGGAGCCCUAUGAAAAACUAAGUGAAAUUGGAGUUUUCCUCUACCAACACAAGAAAUAUGAAGCCUGCAUUAGUGUCCUAGAGUCUUCUAGAAAAUUCCAGACCAACCAGAAGGGAAUAACCAUGAGAGUUCUGCUAACAUUAGCCAACGCCCACUCUCAGCUGUUACACAUCCAGGCUGCCAUUGGCUUAUACCAGGAGUGCUUGAGUAUUGCUGUUGCCACCCAUGAACAAGAAUAUCAGACGAAGGCACUGGUGAACAUCGCAACACUCCAUCUUGAGAAUGGCGACACCCACCAAGCCAUCCUAUUUUAUGAGAAACUUUUACAUCUCAAGUCAGAGCUAAGGGAGGGGGGAGCAGAGCUGAGCAUGCCAGACUUCUGGACAAAAGAGCUCCAGUGUGGUAUCCACCUCAACUUGAGCAUAGCAUACAAAACUAUCAGCAAUGUUACAUCAGCUGCCACUCACGCCAAGAUCUACAUGGAGCUGACAAAAAAGUUUGGAAUGCCAGUAAAACAAGUAGCAGACUCUCUCCACAAUACUGGAAUGUUGAAUGAAGUUUUAGGCAACCAUGUUGAAGCUCUCUCAUGCUACAGAGAAUUUCUCUCACUCUCACAAAGCAGUGGUAAUCAGAAAAGUAUUGGCCAGGCUUAUGGCUCCCUGGCAAGUGUGAAUGCUGCUUUAAAAAACUGGCAAGAUUCCCUGGACUUCCAUAACAAACACAUUGAGAUGGCCACAAGAUUGAAGGAUCGCAGGAUGAUGGUGCUGGCCCAUGAAAUGAUGGGAGACACAUUAUGUUUGAAAGGAGACUAUGAGCUGGCCAUUGACCACUACAACCAAGUGUUGGCCAUGGUCCAGAGCCGGGACAACGCAGCGGACACCAUGGCCCGCUGUAAACUGGCCGCAGCUUACAAACAGCUGGGACAGCUGCAGUACAGUUUGUAUUAUUACAACCAGGCAUUGAGUUUGGCUCAAAGAUUUGGCCUGCCAGACAUAGAAACUCUGGCAGAGUUCAGCAUUGCUUGCAUCAAUAAGGAUUCAACACAGUACACGGAGAGAGAAGAAGCUCAGAAAACUUUCAUCAAGCUAAUUCCAUAUUUUGAGAAAAAAGUGAAUCAGCACCUAGAAGAGAACUCUCAUUGCCCUGAAGUUUACGAACAGCAGCUUGGACAAUGUUAUGAUGGGAUGCAAACUGUACUGGCAUCAAUGUCCAACAAGUUAGGUUGUCUUCAGUACGCGGAGGCCCACCGCAAGCGUGGCCUGCUCUCAGUUCCACACUUUCAGUCUAACUAUCGUGCCAGUAACCACAGUUUGGAUUCUUGCAGUGAACUGUGGGAAACUGACCACUUGAAACAGAUUGUCUCCCAGCAAAAUGGGACAGUACUCUACUACUCACUUCUGGAUAAUCUCCUCUUGCUGUGGGUGUUGUCUCCAGGGGAGGGAAUCAUAAGAUUUUAUUCAGCUAAAUCUUCAGUCAACAAAACUUUCUCCCAGAUAAUAACAGAGUUGCUGGCUGAGGUGAGAGAAGGCUGGGACACAAAAAAGUUGUACCACACAUCCGAGGCUAGGGCACUGCCACUCAAAAAUGCAAACAAUCAAAGCCAAAGGUCAACUAUUUCAGACUCUACAUCAGCCUCAGCUACCAAGAGUGUUGAUAGACCUAGCAGUAGAGAAUCCAAAACUGUUGAUGGACCUAGCAGUAGAGAAUCCAAGAGUGUUGUAGACAGACCUAGCAGUAGAGAAUCCAAGAGAUCUGAUAGACCUAGCAGUAGAGAAUCCAAGAGUGUUGUAGACAGACCUAGCAGUAGAGAAUCAAAGAGUGUUGAUAGACCUAGCAGUAGAGAAUCCAAGAGAUCUGAUAGACCUAGCAGUAGAGAAACCAAGAGAUCUGCUCUUCGCCAGCUCUAUGAGAUUCUGAUUGCACCAGUGGAAGAUAUUUUAAACUCACUCAAACAAGGGAGCCAACUCGUGAUUGUACCAGAUAAACAGUUAAAGUUGUGUCCCUUUGGGGCUUUGGAAAAUGUUCAAAAUGAAGCCCUCUCUGACAGGUUUAACAUCAGUUACGUAUCUUGUCUACUAAUUUUGGAGAAAGUUAUCCACAAUGAGCUCAACUACCUUAGAGCUCAGGAUGAGCUUAACCUCCAGCGCCAGAUGGCCAGGAAUGGAGGGGUCUCAAAAUACACCAGAGAACACCCAGAGCUCCGGAAUUCCUUCCUGACCAUUGAUGACACAAUGUCCUACACCACAGACACAUCAGGACCAAUCAAUCUGAGAGAAGUCUCUAAUCCAAAACUUGCCAUACAGCCAGACCAAAACACUAGGGGAAAUAACUCUAAAAAUGUAAAUGCAAAUGAAAAAGUUAGACCUCAGAAAUAUGCAGGAGCUCAUGUGGUAGCACUAGAGAAGCUACUUGCUACCCACACAUAUUCUAAGGUAGCCACUCGCACAUGGACUGACACUGAUGUGACCUCCUCUACCCAAACCAUUCCCACCUUUCAACAGAUCAGUGACCAGAGGACAUCCCUGGUCUUUGGGAGUCCAAAAAUAACUCAAGUUGUAAAGAUCAAUGACCAGAGCUGGACACCUAAGCUCGAGCUGGUCAAGGCACAGACAGAGCUGCUGUUGGUGGCGGAGUGGCUGGGGACUCACUGCAUCAUAGGUGAACACGCCACUAGACAGGAGCUGUUGAACAAAUUGCCAACAGCUGAGAUUGUUCAUAUUGCCACCUGGGCUUGUUUACGUGAGGGUCUGCUGCUGGUCACACCUGACCCUCUGACUGACCAAUCAGGUGACUCCUCCCACCCUGAGACUGACCAAUCAGGUGACUCCUCCCACCAUCUGACUGACCAAUCAGGUGACUCCUCCCACCUAGUGACCAUCUCAGACAUCCAACACUUGAAGCUGACGGCCAAACUGGUAGUGAUGUCAUCUUGUGGCCUCUCACCAGCCAGGGCCCAACAGGAGUGUGGCCGAAAGCUGGCCAGUGCCUUCCUGUCUGCAGGAGCGGAGUGUGUCCUAGUGUGUACAUGGCCCAUACCAGACGACACACUGUGCACAUUUCUCUUCCACUUUUACCAAACUCUGCAAACAUCAGCAUUUGUAUCAGAAGCCUUGAGGAAUGGGGUCAAGGCUGUUAAAGAAGACACCAGGUGGAAUCACGUCUGCCACUGGGCUGGUUUCACAUUGAUAGGUAAAGACACCCAGGUGAGCUUAAGUGAGGUCAGACAUGCGGAACUGGAUCAGCUGAUUGACAGGUGUGAGGCAGAUGUGGAGGAAAGUUCUGUUGUACCCUGGUUAAACCCUGCAUCAGAUGUACCCAACUUUGCCAGUAAGGAAGAAAACAUGGAAACACUACAAGAACAUGUGAAACUCUUGUUGAGAGAAAACUACAAAAGUUCUCAGGUCAUUCCUGGCCUCAUUGAACUGUUGGACACAACACUGAAGCGCCUCCACACCCUAGAGAACAACAAGCUGCCAGCACAGCUGAGUGACCCGCUGGAGAGAAGUCCUCAGGCUCUCGUGUUCCUCAAGUGGUUGGGCUUUCACUUUCAGCCCAGGGGAGAUAACCUGACAAAUCCAUACAUCAUUUUCCCACACUGGAACACAGAAGAGUUGCUGAUUCCUGCUUAUGACUCUUUAAAGGCAGCUAAAGAUUUGGCUUGUAGUCCUACCAGUAUAGUUUCUGUUUGUGAAUCCCUCCCACUGUCACAAGAAAAUCUGUCAUGUCUAAUAGAUUUGAUGAGUAUAACCAAACAUGCACCAGAGAUCCAGCUGAAGGUCACUGACCUCUCCGUCCACCCCCUCUGGCACAACACAAAAACCAGAGCCUUGUUGUCAGCCAUUGGGUUUCAUCAAGUUGGUCUCCUGUUGUCAUUCAACAUGGUCCCUGUCAACAAACAAAUUCUGGUCUCAUUGCUUCAGUUGACCCUAUCCUUCAGCUGCUACAAAAGUCCAGUCCUACUUUACAGACUGGACGUGAACUUACUCGGACGAUCCAGUGAAACCAAGACUUUUGAGACUGAUUGUCCAAAACUGCCAUCACUAAUGCCACUACUUCUACCCAAAAACCAGUUGAGAAUGAGUACACCUUGGUUAUCUGUUCUAGAACACAAAGAUGAGAUGCUAGAAAAAAUUAAAUUAGCAAGAAGCGCAACAAACCUCAGUGAUGUGUAUACUGGUCAUCUAGAGAAGGCUAAAAGUUGGCACAGGACAACUUUGAUGUCCCAGGCUAAUGAAAGAACAGAUAAGAUGCAACCAUCAGGCUCUAAGACAAAGGUCAAGGUGAAACCAGGUGCAUCAACAUCUGAACCUUGUGUCCCUGUGGACUACAAAAGACAGCUCACACCAACAGAUAUCAAACAGAGAAGAGAUUAUGCUCACUUUGUACUGCAAGAAAGAGUAGAGAGAAUUGAUAAAAAAAGAAAAGAUAAUCUGAUCAAACUCUACCUUCCAUACAUAAGAUCCUGAGCCUGUAUUAUAUUUGUGUACCUGAUGCCUAUACUAAGCAACGGUUUGUCUUAUGUAAUGUACUCCUGCCUGUAACAUAUUUCACCUACCACCAAAUUAUAUUUUGGAAUGACUUUCUUUUAGUUUAAAAUUCUGUUUCUCAAGUACUUUUCAAAAUAUUUUCCUGCUGAUGAACAGUAUAGCUCAUAACUUUAACUAAAACGAACUAAUCAACCACCUUGGCUAUCUAAUUAUGAAAGUGUGCCUAAACUUAAAACACUUCAUCUCAUAAAAUUUUCUGUAAUAUUAUUUUCAUGUAAAUCUGUUAUCCUCAAUUGUGUGGACCUGUCAUUCUCAAAUAUUUUAUGUAAUUCUGUCAGUCUCAUUGAAUUCAUGAUUUUUAUUCACACCCUAAAAACAAAAUUACUUAAUUUACACCAUCGUUUUUAUAGGGUAUUUUAGGGUAUGCAAAAUUUUACCACUCAAAAUGAAUAGCAGCUUCAAUGAGGGCUAUCUUUUGUUUAUAUUUGUUUGGAAAAUUUAUUAUUAUGCCAAUUUAAUAAGUUUUAAAGUCACGCUCUUUUACAAAUAUUAUUUUCCUGUUGGAAUUAUAUUUUUUAAUUUGAAAAAAAA